GAGUCGCCUCAGCUUCCACCGCCCACCUUUGCUCACCUUUCCAGCCCUCAAACACACACUCCGUUUCCACACACAGACACACACGCACUUCAGUCAGCACUCUUCUUCAAGGAUUCGGAGCUUGGUGGAGUUCAGGUCAGCAUGCGCUGUGUGAACCUGCUGCUGCUGGGGUCCUGCCUGCUGGUCAAGGGCCCAGCCGUGCAGGGGUCCCCAGCUCAGUGUCCAUCUCUGUGUCACUGUCACGGAGACCUGCAGCACGUCAUCUGCGACAGCGUCGGUCUGAAGAAGAUCCCGCGAGUGUCGGAUGCGACUCAGCUGCUGAACCUGCAGAGGAACAACCUGGGCAGCAUCCCGACCGGGUCUUUCAGCGACAGCAAGGGCCUGGUCUCGCUGCACAUGCAGCACUGCCAGCUGAGGGAGAUCGGCUCCCAGGCCUUCAAAGGUCUGAAAAAGCUCGUCUACCUGUACCUGUCCAACAACCUCAUCAGCAGCAUCAAGCCGGGAGCCUUCGACGACCUGAGCGAGCUCACCUACCUCCACCUGGACGGGAACCAGAUCAGUGAGCUGACCAGGGGCAUCUUCUCGCCCAUGAUCAACCUCUUCAUCCUGCAGCUCAACGACAACAAGCUGCGGGAGCUGCGUCCCGGGACCUUCGCAGGAGCCAAAGACCUGCGCUGGCUGCACAUGAGCGGGAACGAGCUGACCACUCUGCAGCCUGGCUCGCUGGACGACGUGGAGAACCUGGCCAUCCUCCACCUGGACCGGAACAAGAUGAUGGUGUACCCCAGCGCUGCCAUGAGCAAACUGAGAGUGGUGGAGGAGCUGAUGCUGGGCCGGAACCCAAUGAGGACCAUCCCUGACAACGCGUUCCAGAGCUUUGGACGCUACAUGGAGAAGUUGCACCUGGACAACAUGGGCCUCGAGAAGUUCUCCGACGGUGCUUUUACAGGAGUCACGGCCAUCAAGUCUCUUCACCUGGACCACAACAAGCUCAAAACUCUGCCUAAGAGCCUGGAGUUCAACUCCCUGACCAACUUGACCAUCGCCAACAACCCAUGGAGCUGCACGUGCCAGCUGGCACCGCUGCGCAGGUGGAUGGACUCAAGUCGUAUUCGACCCGAUGCCACCUGUGCAUCACCACCAUCGCAGAGAGGGAGGCAGGUCAGGGAGGUCACAGCUUUCAGCAGCUGCAAGGUCAAAGGCAAACGGGCCAGGAAGGGAACACGUCAUCCGGAGCGCAGCUGAACAGGAGGCGAUGUUGAGCUGCCUGUCCAGAUGUGUGGAGGAGCAAAACCGUGGCAAACAAGUGCAUUUCAAAAUAAAAGCUCCUUCCAAAUUACAGUAAAUCUGACUUUGAAUCGCUUAAGAAAGAAAGAAAGAAUAUUGUAACAGCAACAUUUGUAGAAAACUUUUAAAGAUUUCUGGCUGAGCUCUAUGUUGAAUAUUGUAUCAGUUAUUCCUGUUUGGCGCUACAAUACAUUGUUUCAAGAAUAUAUAUUACAUUUUUUUUACUAUGUUUUUAUAUGUUUUAAUUAUGCAAACACAUUAAUAUCACCUUUCUUUUUAAACAUGAAAUAAGGUUUCAUGGUUAAAACAAAACCUCUGAUUCCCAAUCUGGCAUGGUACCUGAUUGAAAGAGGCAUUUGUACAUGUGGCAAUAAAAUGCUUUAUUUGAGUCCCA